AUGUCUAGCACACCGCCUACUUCCAAAUCCACGAUAGACACUUCACAGUCUUCUACUGCCAACGGAUCUUCCUCCACGGGCUCCAACACGCCAUCCAACGGUUCCAACUCGUCGUCCAAUGGUUCCAGUACCUCGUCCAAUGGAACGGCGGCCCUGGGUCCUCGCCGUUUCCGUGGUGAUGUGGCUCCCUUCAGCCCUGCGGCCCAAUCUCCUCAUAUAUACUCCCAACAGCUUCACUAUCCGCCACAGGUGCCUGGUCAGAACAUGGCAUACCCUCAAUACUACUCACAGCAGCCGCAGUUUGUGUAUGGCGGCCAGUCGCUCCCCUACUACCCAGUAGCCAUGGGCUACCCUGAUUACAUGUACCAACAGUACCAAUACUAUGCCAUGGCCAACCAGUAUGGCACGCCGCUGCCGUACAUGAACAUGGGAAUGAACAACGGCUACGCGCCACGCAAAAAGCAUUCCAAGAGCCACUAUAAUCAUUAUGACUAUAAUAAGAGUCUGUGGUCUCCAUCGGCUUCUCCGGCGGCAGAAACGGCAGAUGAGGGCCAGAGGGACAACCAGCCUGCUGAGUACGAAGAGAAGGAGAAACAUGCAAAGGCUGAAAAGGCUGAAAAGGCUGAAAAGGUCGAGAAGAUCGAGCAGGAGGUGAAAGAUGUAAAGGAUGUAAGGGAUCCAAAAGGCGAAGAAGCUCCAAGGGAUAACCUUGUAAAUGUUGAAAAGGCCGAUGAGAGUACUGAGAAGACCGGAAACGUCGAGCAGUCUCAAAAAGUCACUUCCGACAAGACUCCAGCCUCGUCUUCAAACACAGGUCCACUGCCCAACGGUAAUGGGCUCCCUCUCUACUUCAACACCUCCAUCGACGAAUUCAAACUCAACAAGAAGGAUGCAGCUAAUAAGAAUGAGGAUCGCAUAGCAUCAAAGUCGGCUAGAGUGGAGGCAUUCCUCUCGCUGGUAGCUGGGGAUGUCGCUAUCACUCCAAAUGCCCAAACUCGCAUCGUCGACCACAACUCCGACAAAGCAUACUUCAAGCGCCUCUAUCAUACUCCUCAGAGUGCCAACACUUAUGAUAAUGAAACUAAUGACUCCGCAUCUGCGCAAAAAGCGCCCACAUCUAACUGGGCUUCGUUUUUGCAAACUACAGCUAAACCCGCGAAAAAGGGUUCUCUACCGAAGCCUGUCGGCGUGGCUGGUGUAUCACAGGCUUCUGCACCCACACAACCUUCGAAGCCUACCACACCAGUGUCUACUACGCUGCCACAGCCACUCGGUGUUCUAGCGAUGAAAAUGUUGUUCGACCCAGAGUUUUAUCUCGACGAUUGCGACCCAUACCUAAUCAAGCCUCGUGGUUUAACGAACUCUGGAAACAUUUGUUACAUGAACGCUAUUCUCCAAUGUCUUGUCUUCUGUAUUCCAUUCAGCAAGGUACUCAAAACAAUUGAAGACAGAUCGAUUGGCAGCAUUGGUGAGAACUCACCCACUCCUCUUAUCGACGCUACAAUUCAGUUUAUUAAUGACUUCAUGAAUGUGCCUCCUCUGGGAAAACCAAACGGUAGCGUUGUUAACAGUGAUGGUAUCGUGGUGGGCAGACCACUUUCGCCAGAAGGCUUGUACAUGAAGUUGAUCGAGAAUACUAAAUUUCAGCACCUAAAGUGGGGCCAACAGGAAGACGCUGAAGAGUUCUUAGGAUACUUCUUGGAUGGCCUCCAUGAAGAAUUUGUGAAGGUGGAAUCUACCGUUGCAGGUAGCCAGAUGGAGAAAUAUUAUCAGGAGUUCAGCCGCAACCUAGAUUCAAGCCUGGCAGCCGAACUCAAAACCAAAAUGAAGGAGGCUGUCCGCCUAUUGAGCUCACCAGACCAAAAGCAUGUUGAAAUCAACGAAGUUGACGACGACAACUCCCAGCCCAACGGUUGGUCGGAAGUUGGAAGUGGGAAGCGAGUUAGUAAGAAGCGCAUUGUUGAGGUGGAACCCUCGCCCAUCACACAGAUCUUUGGAGGUCAAUUCCGCAGUGUGUUGACAGUUCCAAAGUCUAAAGAAUCACAAUCCAUAACUGUUGACCCAUUCCGGUGUAUCCUGGUGGACAUUUCACUGGGAGAUAUUGAGACCAUAGAAGAUGCAUUAUGGAAAUUCAACGAAGCAGAAAAGCUUCCAUAUAAGAUUGAAGCAGGUAGGGAAGUUGUGGCCCGCAAGCAAACGUUUAUUGACGAGCUACCCGACGUUUUGGUGCUCCUGCUCAAGCGGUUUUCUUACCAACAUGAGCAAGGACACAACAAGGAAAACGAGGAUGGUAGUGAACAGAAUGAGGCUGAAGGAAUGCAUGCUGUCGGAAGUAUUGAAAAGGUUAUGAAGAAUAUCAAAUUUGGAUUGGACUUGUCCAUUCCAGCCGAAUGUCUUUCGCCCGGUGCCCGGACCAGUCAAAAGCGAGACUACCGAUUGAUCGCAGCCAUCUACCACCAUGGACGGAACGCUGAAGGUGGACAUUAUACAUGCGAUGUUUCACGAGACAAGCAGAGCUGGCUUCGGAUUGACGAUACCGCAGUGGAGAAAAUCGAUGCCAGCAACGUGAUUGAAAAGCCGGAGGCGGGCGAUAAGAGUGCGUACAUUUUGAUGUAUGAGAGGAAGUAA